ACUCUGAAGUUCUAACAAAACAGGACCCAGUUCCAUUUUCAUUUUUCAUACAGCUUUGAUUGAAUGAAUCCCCCCGGCCCCGGUAGUUGAAUCAAACACCCGCUACAGCCUAACAUCUAAUCCACACAAAAUCAAGGAGGCAGAUCAAAUUUUCAGUCCAAAUUUUCCAAUUCCUUCCACCAUUUGAAUCUGUGAGAACCCCCUUUUUCCCCUUUCCAUUUCCAUUUCUUCCAUUGAAGCAACCCAUUUCUUCUCUCCCUUUGAAGCCACUCUCUUCCCUUUUUUGCCUUUCAUCUUAAAAGAGAAAGUCCUUUUCUCUGAAACCUUCCCAGAAAGUGAUUUCUGAUUUCCCCUUCGUUCAUAUACAGAUUUAAAGAGCGAGAGAAGGGAAAAAAGUUAGUUUCUGUGGGAAUAAGAGCAAUGGGUAGUCGAGAUCUGGAGAGAGGAGGAGCUAAAACCAGUAACCCACCUGGGAAUUACUCGAGCCCGUAUUACCAAGACAGCUCAGAGAAGCAAUGGACUUCUUGGUUGGUUCCUAUGUUCGUGGUGGCUARUGUUGCUAUGUUCAUUGUCGUUAUGUACGUUAAUAAUUGUCCCAAGCACAAUCUGGGUUCUUCUGAGGAGUGUGUUGCCAAGUUUCUUGGAAGGUUUUCGUUUGAGCCCCUUAGAGUUAACCCUCUGUUUGGCCCCUCUUCUUCUACACUACAGAAACUGGGAGCCCUGGAAUGGGAUAAAAUAGUUCAUGGACAUCAAUCAUGGAGACUCAUAACUGGUAUUUGGCUCCAUGCUGGAGUCAUUCAUUUACUUGCAAAUAUGUUGAGCUUGGUAUUUAUCGGGAUCCGCCUCGAACAACAAUUCGGAUUUGUUCGGAUCGGAAUACUCUACUUGUUAUCGGGAUUUGGUGGAAGCAUACUAUCUUCUCUUUUCAUCCAAAACAACAUCUCUGUUGGUGCAUCUGGUGCUUUGUUUGGGCUUCUUGGAGCAAUGCUAUCAGAACUUUUGACAAACUGGACUAUAUAUACAGAUAAGGCUGCAGCUCUCAUUACACUCAUUGUCAUCAUUGUCAUUAACUUGGCGGUCGGGAUUCUUCCUCACGUCGACAACUAUGCACACAUUGGUGGCUUUUUGACAGGCUUCCUCCUCGGCUUUGUUUUGCUUCUCCGUCCCCAGUUCGGGUGGAUGGAACGACGACAUCUCCCAGCUAACUCACGAGCUGUACCCAAGCACAAGGUUUACCAAUACAUUUUAUGCUUGGUGGCCCUCGCUCUUCUAAUUGUCGGAUUCACAGUCGGGUUGGUGAUGCUAUUUCGAGGUGAGGACGGAAACAACCAUUGCAGCUGGUGUCAUUACCUAAGUUGUGUGCCAACAUCAAAAUGGGAAUGUGGGAACUGAUUACAACACAAUUGUAUAAUAUUGUACACUUUUCUGACCCUUGUUUUCCAUAUUUGUUUUGAUUUCUCUUCUUAAAUUGUCUAUGGGUGCCUUUGUUCAUGAUGCCAUAUAUUUUCUCUCGUUUUUCUUACUUGAAAGAACACUGUAUGUAGAAAAAAGAGUGAGAUCAUUUCUGUUUGUGAACUCUCUAUUGUUUAUAUAGAGGAUCACUUCAUUCUUUCAUGCA